UAACCUCAUAUGUUCGAUGCUUAGAAGAAUAACAGUCUUUGGAAGAAUCUCUUCAUUUAUUUAAUUUGGAAUAAAUAGAAAGAAAAUGAUUAAAAUGCAAAGAUUAUCGAAAAUAUUUCAACCGUAUCAUGUUAUUCCUAAAGAAUUUCAGAUCAAGCAAACAGAGAAGGACAUGUAUUCAAAAAGUGCUAAGCUUAUGCUUGAAUUGGGUAUCAUGAGACAAAGCAGUCCAGGCUGCUUUAAUUUGCUGCCCUUAGGAAUUAGAGCUUUGGAAAAACUGAUUAGAAUUGUAGAUGAAGGAAUGGAUUCAAUAGGGGGUCAAAAAGUGGAGUUUCCUUCUUUGAUCAAUCAGAAGCUAUGGUCGACUUCAGGAAGAAUCAAUGAAGUAACAGAACUUUUCAAGUUGAAAGAUAGGCAUGGUCAGAAUUAUAUUUUGGGUCCUACCCAUGAAGAAAUUGCAAGUGAUCUUUUAUCCCAGUGUCAGAAUUCAUAUAAGCAUUUUCCACUUAUGAUAUAUCAAAUAACGAAUAAAUUCAGAGAUGAAUUGAGACCUAAACUAGGAUUAAUAAGAAGCAAACAAUUUACCAUGAAAGAUAUGUAUAGUUUUGAUAUUGAUCAAGAAAGUGCCAUUAAAACAUAUGAGACUGUUACUGAAAAAUAUGAUACUAUUUUUAAAAAUUUAGGAGUGAAAUAUCAUAGAAUAAGAGGUUUUAGUGGUACAAUGGGAGGAACAUUAUCUCACGAAUAUCACUAUGAAGCUGAAGUUGGAGAAGAUGUACUGCUAAAAUGUAUUAAAUGUAAAGAUAUACUGAAUUCGGAGUUAGUACAAGACAAGACUUGUCCUCAAUGCGGGGAAAUAGGUGAUAUGGAUCAAACCAAAGGAAUAGAGGUGGGCCAUACAUUUUUGCUAGGAGACAGAUAUACUAAGCCAUUUAGUUGUAAUUUUACUGAUAAGAGUGGAAAAAGCAAAAACCUUCAAAUGGGCUGUUAUGGACUUGGAAUCACUAGAAUUUUAGCUGCUUCAAUAGAAACUUUGUCAACAGAUGAAGAAAUAAGAUGGCCGAGGUUGAUUGCUCCAUAUAGUGUUCUCAUAAUUCCUCCAAAAGCAAAAAGCAAGGAGGACUUGAUAGCAACCGAAAGUCUGGAGCAACUAUGUCAUUCCCUGAAUCAGAUCCCUGAACUUAAAGGUGAAAUAGUGGUGGAUGAUAGGACAGAUAUGACAAUAGGUCGAAGAAAUAUGCAAGGUAAACGCUUUGGCUAUCCAUUCAUUAUAGUUCUUGGGAAGAGAAUAAUGGAAGAUCCAGCUCUAUAUGAACUACAUGAUAUCAAUAGUGGUGUACAAGUUGAUUUGACAUUACAAGACUUAGCAGUUUAUAUAAAUAAGCAUUUAAAUGACAAUAAUGUUCAGUAAGAGGUUAUUUGUGGAGUAAAUUGUUUGAAGGAUAUAUGUGAAGAGAAUAAAUGAAGAGCACUGGAUAAUC